GUUGUCAACACACAACAUGGCUGAAUUACGGAGGUGACACAGCUGCAGUCUUUAGGACGCGCUCAAGGGGAAACCACAAUCCGCAUAGCGUAUUUAAGCGGGUAGGCUUCGACGAGGGACAUGUGUAUCCUAUUUUAAUGCAAGGCGUGUUUUGUUUGAAUAGCGAAUAAUGCUGAGCCUUACGAGGGCUAGCAUAGCCCUAAACGGGUUUGGGCGGUGUUUAAUAACAGUAAAAUGUAUCAGUCGCAGACAAUUGUGUGCAGAGCACGGCGACGAUAAUGGCAACAAUGAGGUUUAUGAUGUUGUUAUAUCCGGGGGAGGGCUGGUUGGAUCUGCGAUGGCUUGCUCCCUGGGCAUGGAUCCCAAUUUGUCGGAGAAGAAGAUCCUUCUCCUUGAAGCAGGAAACAAGAAAGUGAUGGAUAAGGCCCCUGACAGCUACAGCACCAGAGUCAGCUCCAUCAGUCCAGGCUCUGCUGCACUCCUCAGUGGUAUUGGUGCAUGGGAGCAUAUCACAAAGUUGAGAUGCAAGCCUUUUAAGAAGAUGCAGGUUUGGGACGCCUGCUCCGAUGCCCUGAUCACGUUUGAUAAGGACAAUCUGGAGGAGGAGAUGGCCUACAUCGUGGAGAACGACGUGGUGGUGGCUGCACUCACCAAACAGCUGGACAGCCUGCCUGACAACGUGCAAGUCAAGUACAGGUCCAAAGUGGUGAAGUACACAUGGCCGACGCCGCACCAAGCAGUACGUUCCAUCCCCUGGGUGCAGGUCAGGUUAGCCAGCGGGGAAAUUCUUCAGACCAAGCUGCUCAUCGGAGCGGAUGGACCCAACUCCAUGGUAAGGCGGCAAUUAGGGAUCCCCACAAUCAAGUGGAAUUAUGACCAAUCAGCUGUGGUUGCUGUGCUGCAUCUAUCAGAGUCCACAGAGAACAAUGUUGCGUGGCAGAGGUUCCUCCCGACAGGACCCAUUGCAAUGCUCCCGCUGUCGGACACAGAGAGCUCUCUCGUGUGGUCGACCGGUCAUCACCUGGCUGAGGAGCUCGUGGGGAUGGAUGACGAGUGCUUCGUUGACGCCAUCAACUCAGCCUUUUGGAGUAACGAGAACCAGUCGGAGCUGGUCGAGACAGCCGGGUCUCUCUUCCGCAGCGCCCUCGCCGCCAUCAUGCCGUCUGCAGGUUCACCUCGCCAGCUGCCCCCGAGCGUGGCAGGCAUCGGCCCAAAGUCCCGCGUCAUGUUCCCUCUCGGCAUGGGCCAUGCGUCUGAGUACGUUAGGCACAGAGUUGCGCUUAUUGGGGACGCAGCCCAUCGUGUCCAUCCUCUGGCUGGUCAGGGAGCCAACCUGGGCUUCGGGGAUGUGGCUUGCCUCACACAGCUACUGAGCCAGGCCGCCUUUAACGGGAAGGACCUGGGAGCAACGCGGCACCUGUUAGAAUAUGAAAGUGAGCGCCAGCGACACAACCUGCCCAUGAUGGCCGCCAUCGACCUCAUGAAGCGCCUCUACUCCACCGAUACUGCUCCUGUGGUUUUCCUCCGCACCUUCGGCCUGCAGGCCACCAACAUGCUCCCAACACUAAAAGAGCAGAUCAUGGCGUUUGCAAGCAAGUGAGGGAGGCAGCUGGCCGUCAAGUGAUCUCCAGUGUUGUAAAAAUCUUUGACACCAACUCAAUUUAAUAAAGGUUUAUUUUUCUUCCUC